CCAUAGAGGACACACCUACCCUCUUUUCAAUGAUCCACCAAUCACCCGCGUCCCCGGAGCAGCUGCUACAAGUCGCCACCACACAGACACAGUAUGGAAAGACCGAGACAGAGGCAGGCGCGUUCUGUCUUAACGGAGUGAGCCGUCCUGCUUAGUGCGCAGUGACAGGAGAUUUAAAAAAAGAAAAACAGAGUACAGAUACAACGUUUUGUGAGACGAGUAUCUCCAAGCGCGGUUUUCUUUUUCACCGAACGUCAUCCUUGCCCAUGGGUUCAAGUUGCACAUAGGAGUAGGCUACAAGUUUCCAAUGGACAGGCACUUGGAGGCGGCUGGCGCAACAAGCAUGGGAUUACUUCUGUAAUGUGGAUCGCUAUUCAGAACAAUGUGAGACGUUAUGCGUCUUGGAUUCUCGUGUUUCUGGAUAUCUUGAAAAUCAUUGGCAACAGUUGAAAAGGAAGAAGUUAUGCGCAAAGGAUUGUAUGCUCCGACGCCGGGACCAACAUGGAUCUGCCAUUACAACCCCCUGCCCCUUAUUUAGAGAAGUUUUAGCCAGUCCACUUGUGUUGUUGUACUUGUUGUUGUUUGAGAACACAUCGCCACAUUGGCCUCUUGGAUUUUAAAACGUCGCCUGCCUUUGGAUUGGAUUUCAAACAUCAUGAACUUUAUUGACAGUUUGACACUAUUAUUUUUGACGCUGUCAGCUGUCAAGAGUGCCCACAUACCGAAGGCAACAGAAAGAGGUCCACAUAAAGUGAUCCCUUUAAUGGAGGUGUACAACAAGAGUUUGUGUCAGCCUCGGGAGCUGCUGGUGGAGAUACUACAAGAGUAUCCGGAGGAGGUGGAGCACAUCUUCAUCCCGUCCUGCGUGGUGUUGAUGCGCUGCGCCGGUUGCUGCAACGAUGAGAUGCUGCAGUGCAUGCCCACAUCCAGCUAUAACAUUACAAUGGAGAUUAAAAGAAUAAAACUCCUAAAGCAACAAAGUGAUAUUUUCAUGAGUUUUACAGAACACAGCGCAUGUGAGUGUAGGUUAAAGAACGAAGUGAAAGAAAAAAAAUCCCGGAAAGGCAAGGCUAAAGGCCAAAAGAGAAAACGAAAGAAAAACCGUGACAAAACAAUUCACGAUGCUGUUUGUGAGCCAUGUUGUGAUCACUGUUCAGAGAGGAGAAAGCGUUUGUUCGUGCAGGAUCCUGCAACCUGCCGGUGCUCCUGCAAACACACAGACGAAAACUGUAAAGAACGCCAGCUAGAGCUCAAUGAGAGGACCUGCAAAUGUGACAAGCCAAGAAGAUGAGAGAGGUGGGAGCACCAGAUGUACAAGAUGAAGGAAUAUUCUAGAGAUAUUUCACAGCACAGCACUUUGACCUUUGAACCGUAAGCUCUUCUUUUUGAUGGAAAGCAUUCCCCUUGGACUGACUGAGAGAGAACAAAAAGGAAGACUGAACCGAAGUUUCCUCCCACUGUAUAUCUGUGUGUAUAUAGACCAUGAUAAAAGAAAAAAAGAGUACCCAAUUGUUAUGCUGCUACAGAAACAAAUAACUAAACUCAGCAUUUGACAAAAAGCAAAUAGCCGCCAUGUGGUUUCGCGUUUCUAACAGGCUUGUGAUGCAGGUGUAGUCUUGUUGUGAAUUCAUUGUAUGCAAUUACUUCACUGGAUAUGAGUCUACUGUGGCUGUGUGUCAAUCAUAAAUUGCAAAACCUCUCAAUCUAAGAUAUAUUAAACUGCUAAAAGAGCUGGUGAGGCUGAAGUGGACAGGAGCGCUCUCCUUACAAAAAUGAUGGAUGGACUUUAAUCUGUCAAUGGACGUACCAGCAGGACAACCAGGACACCUGACUGAAAUCUUGAAUCUGUCUCGCUUCCUUUCCCACGAGGAAAUUGCAGGACUGAUGUGGACUUAUAAAAUGUUCACUACUGUGAUCAGCUUGCAGGAGAAAAGACUCUGGAGUGCCAUAUAUUUUUAAAGGGAUACUGGUUAUCAAUAUAGCAUCUAAUAAUGUCCUAUAUGAAAACCACUGAAAACAUCCUAAACUGUAGUUUGAUUCCAUUUGAAAAACUGUGCCUCGCAAAAUGUACUGAGAAAUCUUUGGAGUGCUUUUUAAAUUAUUUUUUCUUUCCUUUUUCAGGAGAGGGGAUUGUUAAAGUAGUUUUGUUAGUUUUUAACUCAGAAUCUACAGAAUCCAUGAUCACAUAUCUUCUUCUCUGAACUUGUACAUACUUAAUAUCCCUUUAUCCCAUAGUCCAUUCUAGAUAAUUUAUAAUGUUAUAGAGUAUUUUUCAGUAUUCAGUCUUCUACCCAUAUUUAAUUUGGUCUAUUUAUAUAUGCAGUGUUAUGUACCUGUAGCUGUCCUAUACCCCCUAUGUGUAAGGUCACUGAUGGCUACUCUCCACAAGGAGACUCUCUGUGCUUUUCAACAAUACAAAAAAAGAAAAAACAACAACAAAAAAAAUCUAAAAUGAUUUGUUAACAUUCCCUAAAUGGAUUAUUUGUAGUGGUGUACUGAUCUCCUCUGGAUUAUUCAACCCCUCUUGUCUAAGGGUUUGGGUGUUGUGUAAAACGUGGGUAUCCGUGUGUUUGUGUACAUGUGCGUGUAUGAGUGUGUGGUCUCGUGCAUUUGUGCACACCUGUGUGUAGGUGUUAGUAAGUUGUAUUUAAGUAUUUAAAUAAGUAUCAGGCCUGUGUUUUGUCCGUCUUGCAAGAUGCAAAUACAAAUAAACUACUGCUAGCAGCUCAGCAUACACUACCACGACACCAUCACCGUUUUAAAUAUGGAUAACAAUCUGCAUCCUUUCUGCCAGCAGUCUUAGAGCCCUCAUUAAUAGUUCUCUUUGUCUCUUCUUCACCAUUAACAUGUUUUCUGUGUCUAUGUAAAACAGUAAAGCAUAUUUAUUUUCAAAUUAUAUUGUUUUUAUAUAAAAUAAGGAAAAGGUU